AUGCACUGGAUCCGAUGGUGCCGAAUCGCGUUGGGAUGGACCGAUGAACGGAGUGUAUCGACGGUGAAGGUCACCAGGGAUAACGCAUCACCCAUCGAACUGACGCUCACGGUGGAACUAGCCGAGGAGGACGAGAACCCGUUUAUCGACCGUUCCUAUCGGCGCACCGUGUCGCGAGUUAACAUUCCUGGCUUCCGCCGGGGGAAGGCUCCUCGCCACAUCGUUGAGCGAAUGCUGGGCCGACCCACGUUGCUCCAGGAAGCGCUCGAUUUCAUGGUGCCCGAAACGCUGGACCAGGUGCUGCGUGAACAGGAAGUUGAGGCAUUCGCCGAACCCAGCAUCGAAAUAACUGACCUGGAACCGGUUUCCUUCACGGCCACCAUUCCCCUUGAACCCACCGUAGACCUCGGAGACUACCUAUCGAUUCGCGUCGAAUCAGAUACCACGGAAGUAAUCGAUGAGGACGUUGACCGCGUGAUCGAACGUAUCCAGCAGGAGCAGGCCGUCUGGGAGCCCGUGGAACGCGCGGUAGAGUACGGGGAUCGUUUGAACCUCAAUGUGCGCGGCACCAUGGAAGAUGAAACCGUGGUGGAAGACGACGACGUUGAGUACGUGCCCGAAGAAGCAAACGUACUUCCCUUCCCGGGCUUCGCACCCAACCUGUUGGGUAUGGUUGAGGAAGAGGAGCGCGAAUUCAUGGUAACGAUUCCCGAGGACUACCCCCGGGAACAGUAUGCCGGCAAAGACGUUCAAUUCCAGGUGACCGUGCUCUCCGUCAAAGAGAAGAACCUGCCCGACCUUGAUGACGAAUUCGCCAAAUCCAUCGGUGAAGGGUUCGACGAUCUGGAAGCUUUGCGCGCCAACAUCCUGGAAUCGUUGACCUCCCAGGCCGAAUCCGCCGCCCGUAACCAGUUGGAACAACAAAGCCUGGAAGCCUUGUGCGACGCGGCCGUAGUCAACGCCUCUCCAAUACUGUUCGAGCGAGAGUUGGAAUCGAUGCAGGAAGAGCGCGACCGGAUGCUGCGGCAACAAAACCUGGACCUGACAACCUACCUGCGGUUCCUGGGCAAAUCGCUCGAAGAAUUCCGGGAAGAAAUGCGCCCCAACGCCGAACGCCGACUGACUGGCGCCCUGGUGAUGCGCAAACUGGCCCAAGUCGAAGAAAUCGAAAUCUCAGAUGAAGACGUGCAAUCCGAAACCGACCGUCUGCUGGGAUUGUCCAGCGAGGGUGCGGAACAGGACAAUCUGGAGCAGCUGCGCGAAUACCUUGGGAUGGAAUCCACUCGAGAAGGUAUCCGCGGGUCGCUCCAUAGCCGGCGCGUCAUGGAACGGUUGACGGAAAUCACCCAGGGGAACCUAGACUCCGGCGACGAAUCCGAUGACCCAGUCGCCGGGGCAGCAGGAGAGCCUACCGCCGAGGCUAUCGUAGAAACCGAGUCCGACGGUGCGGCCGACGAAGCCAUUGCCGACGAAGCCAUUGCUGCCGAUGCGGUUGCUGCCGAUGAUGAAGAAGAAACCCGAGACUAA